UAUCUUGCUUGACAGUGACUGUAGCUACUGACCGGGGAUUAAAAUGGGGCUCAGGUAUCUGUCAGCGAUGGAUGUCAAAAUGUUAAGUACGGUGUUUUCUGCAAUAAAGUGACCGACUCGAUGGAUACCCCGGGAUGUCGCUUGCGAAGGGUCGUAUGAUAACGGAGAGAAGCAAAGCGCCUUACAGUUGCUGGAUGCAGCUGACUUACUAGCGAUCUCACCAUUGAGUUAAACACUACGUGCCGUGUUCGUUGGCUGGACACUUAGCAACCUCGGUACGCUUGCUAACUGGACAUUAAUGCCCUGAUUAUUGCAUGGCGUUUUAAUCUAAAAUUACAAUAACCAUGGAGACGCCCGAUUUACCUGUUGAGAUAAUUACCUACAUACUGAGUUUCCUGCAAGUUGCUGACCGAAAGGAGGCCUCCCUCGUCUGCAGAAGCUGGUACAUCGCUAGCCAAGAUAACCAGUUCCAGAAGAACCUCACCUUCAAGUUCCCAGCAUCCUCCUCUGCCCUGGAGGUGAUCCACGGGCUGGGCCGGCAUCCCCGCUGCGGCGUCGUCAUCAGCCAUCUGGACGGGUCGGCGGCGUCGCGGGAGGUGCUGCUGGCCGUGGGGGCGUGCCUGGGCCCGCGUUUGGAGAGCCUGUCGCUCCCGGCGAGCAGUGUGACGGAGUCGUCCCUGCUGGGGCUCCUCCCGCGCCUCACCGCACUGCGACGCCUCGACCUGCGCGGCCUCGACAGCCUCUUCAUGUCCGGAGCCUUUCUCUCCCGCGACGAGAGCCGGCGGCAGGUGCGGGCCGCGCUGGCCCACCUGGAGGAGCUGGACCUGUCCGACCUGCGCUACCUGUCCGACCUCACCUUCACCCGGCUGACGGGCUGCACCCCGCGCCUCCGCCGCCUCUCCCUGGCCGGCUGCCACAUCGCCUUCGAGUUCGACCCGUACCGGGGGUGCCCGGCGGGGGGGCGCGAGUCCUCCGCCCUGCUGUCGCUGCGGAACCUGCGGGCGCUGCUGCAGGCGCAGGCGGGGACGCUGCGGGCGUUGAACCUGAGCCGCACCAGCGUCACGCCCGAAUCGCUGCGCUCGCUGGCCCAGGUGCAGGGCCUCCGGCUGGAGGAGCUGAGGCUGCGUGGCUGCAAGGAGCUGACGGACCGGGCGGUGGAGGCCCUGUGCAAGCACCAGCCUGCGCUGCGCACGCUGGACCUCAGUGCCUGCACCGAGCUCACCAGCAGGGCGGCGCUGGCGGUGGCGUCUGGCCUGAGCGACCUGCGGCACCUCUACAUGUCCCAGGUGUGGAGGGUGAUGGACAGCGGGCUGGUGGAGCUGGGGCAGCUGCAGGAGCUGCAGACCCUCGACCUAUCGGAGUGCGUCCACGUCAGCGGGGCGGAGCUGGUGAAGGGGCUGUCCUCCCUGAGGGGCAGGACUCGCCUGGUGUCACUCAACUUCAGGAACUGCACCUACAUUAAGGACCUGACAGUGUUCUCAUUGGCCCAGCUGCUGGGCCCAAGCCUGCGUGUGCUCGACCUCACUUCCUGUCUGUACCUGACCGACCUGAGCGUGCGUGCCAUCGCCACCUACCUGCCGGCGCUGGUGGUGCUGCGUCUCGGCCGGUGCAAGGAGAUCACAGACUGGGGGCUGCUGGGAAUGUUGGAGCCCAACAAGGAGUUCAACCCAGACAUAGAGAUGGAGGACAAGGGCCCCAGCUUCACACGCACUUUCGGGAACAUGGGCUUUUUCCAGCCACCCCCCCUGCCCUUCGAGGAGAAGCCCCAGCUGGUGACAGAACAGGACCUGGGGACGUUUCGGGGACAAGAGGGGGCAUCUCUUCUGGCUCUCAGGGGCCUUCAGGAGCUGGACCUGUCUGCCUGCUGUAAACUGACAGACAGCAGCAUCACACAGGUGGUGCGUUUCCCGGACCUGCAGAAGCUGUCCCUCUCCAUGGUGCCGGAGAUCGGGGACGAGAGCCUGGCAUCGCUGGCCUGGCACUGCCGGAGCCUCACCAGCCUGGCCCUGUGCCGAUGCCCGCGCCUGACCGACCAGGGCGUGGCGCGUGCCGCCCCCCACCUCGGGAGGCUGCAGCACCUCCACCUGGCAUGCUGCGAGCGGAUCACCGACAGGUCCCUGGCUGUCCUCACCCAGCACUGCAGGCGGUUACGCACGCUGGACAUCUCCAUGUGCAAAGACAUCACCAUGGCAGCCGUGGAGCUCCUCCAAUCGCAGCUGCCCUUCCUGGAAAACGUCCACUGCCGCUUCUCAGGCGGGGCUGACCUGACCUUUGCCCUUUGA